CCCAAACAUUUACUCUUGGGGAUUGCUCAAGCAAGACUUUACUGACUUCCAGAGACACAAUUUUUGGAACUUUUUUUGGCCAACUGCGCAAGAAGCUUCCUGAGGAGACAUGGUGUCGGCUGGCUUUCAGAUGAUGGGCAUUGCCCUGUGCAUUAUUGGCUGGAUUGGGGCCAUCAUUGUCUGCGCCCUGCCCCAAUGGAAAGUGACGGCCUUCAUCGGCCAGAACAUUGUCACCGCUCAAACCACUUGGGAGGGCAUCUGGAUGACAUGUGUGGUCCAGAGCACAGGCCAGAUGCAGUGCAAGGUUUAUGACUCGAUGCUGGCCCUUUCCAGUGACCUCCAGGCUGCCCGCGCCCUCAUCAUCAUCUCUAUCCUGGUUGGCAUCUUCGGCAUCCUCCUGGCCAUCGCAGGGGGCAAAUGCACCAACUGUGUGGAGGAUGAGAGCUCCAAAGCCAAAGUCGGCGUGGCAUCUGGUGUGGUCUUCAUCAUUGCCGGUGUUAUGUGCCUCAUACCCGUGUGCUGGACAGCAAACUCCAUCGUAAGGGACUUCUACAACCCGUUACUGAUGAGCUCUCAGAAAAUGGAGCUUGGAGCUGCACUCUUCAUCGGCUGGGGGGCCGCAGCCCUCCUCAUCCUGGGUGGUGCACUCCUCUGUGCCAACUGCCCUCGCAAUGAUAACCACUCUGCUAAGUACUCAGCUCCCCGUUCAACUGCACCUAAGGACUACGUCUGAGGAGAGAAAAGCCAAAUGACAAGACCAAGAGACUGAAAAAAGACUUAAAUCAAAUGCUUUGUGGUCCAUGAAAUCAAUUCAUAUUUCCACAAUAAGUAUGAUUUGAAUUUCACAGUGAUUUUAUUGUGCUCACAGUUUGGUUUGAUACUUUCAUGUUGAGUUACAGCACUUCAGGAUUUGUUUCAUCAGUGCCAAGAUAAAGAGAUGUGCACCACACCCAAACAACUGUUAAUGAGGACUGAUGCUUUGUCAGUGGGAGUGAAAAAAUAUACAUAUACAUGUUGGAACAACAUUUAAGAUGUUACUUUGAUUAAUUGAAUUUUUAUUAGUUUUACUGUUUUCAUCCAUUUGUGCUCUUUUACAUAUAAUUUCAUUAUGUGCAUUAUCUGUGACUGUCUGAAACUGUAAAUAAAUAUUUUUUAUCAACAUUGAA